UUUAAUUACAAAUAGACUCUUACUGUGUACGAGGCAUUUUUUGUGUUUUAUGAACAUUUACGUGGUUUAUUACAAAUAAAUACUCACAAAACUAUUCGGAAUUGUGUGUAAAAGCUAAUGAAAUAGGAAAUGAAUAUUCCGCCGGGAAACGUUCAACCAAUGCCGAUGGCAGGAAAUGGUUUUCCCGUUCCGGUGUUUAGUAUGCCACCGCCGGGGUUUCCACCACAAACAACUUGUGAGUGGUCUGAGCAUAAAUCACCGGAUGGUCGUACCUAUUAUUAUAACAGCAUUACCAAGCAAAGUGCUUGGGAAAAGCCAGAUGAACUGAAAACAAAUGCUGAAAAAUUAUUAUCUGCUUGCCCGUGGAAAGAGUAUUGUUCUGAUAAUGGAAAAGUCUAUUAUUACCAUGUGACAACGAAAGAAUCACGAUGGGACAUUCCAUCCGAACUAGAAGAAAUUAAAAACAAAAUUGCCGAAGACGAACGGGCAGCAAAUGCGGCACGGGCAAUGGCAGCAUUGACAUCGUCAACGAUGUCUGGUGUUUUUCCUCCAAUUGCGGCUGCAAUGCCAAUGAUUCCACCAAUGGCCAGUGUCCCUCCAAUUCUCCAAACAAAAGUCAAUACAUCAAAUCCAAGUUCGCCAGCAGAAAAUGGAGUUGACUCCAAUGAAAAUUCAUCAUCUGCAUUAGAUCAAGCAAUGGCAGCCACUCUGGCCGCCAUUGAAGUCCCUGAACCACAAGAUAAAAAUGAUGUUGAUGCUGACGUCAAUAAAUCAAUUCCAAGUCCAGACCAGCCAAAAGUUGAAUUCAAAGAUAAAAAAGAAGCGGUUGAAGCAUUCAAAGAGCUGCUUAGAGAAAAGAAUAUACCAUCGAAUUCAACGUGGGAUAAUUGUAUGAAGAUUAUUUCGAAAGAUCCACUUUAUGCAAAUUUUAAGAAUUUAAAUGAAAGAAAACAAGCGUUCAAUUCGUACAAAGCACAAAAAUUAAAAGAUGAACGUGAAGAGCAGCGUCUCAGAGCGAAAAAAGCAAAAGAAGAUUUAGAAAAAUUUCUCAUGAACUGUGACAAAAUAUCAUCGAGCACAAAAUAUUACAAAUGUGACGAGAUUUUUGCCAAUCAGAAAAUUUGGACGAAUGUACCCGAUCAAGAUCGUCGUGAUAUUUAUGAGGAUUGUAUGUUUAAUUUAGCUAAGCGUGAAAAAGAAGAGGCACGAGUGAUGAAAAAACGAAAUAUGCGAGUUUUAUCGGAAGUGCUUGAAUCAAUGACAUCAAUUACUUACCAAACGACUUGGUCAGAAGCUCAAGUUAUGUUACUCGAAAAUUCUGCAUUUAAAAAUGACGUCAAUUUACUUGGAAUGGAUAAAGAAGAUGCACUAAUUGUAUUUGAAGAACAUAUACGAACUCAAGAGCGCGAAGAGAUUGAAGAAAAAGAUCAUGAAAAGAAACGAACCAAACGAUUGCAACGUAAAAGCCGUGAUGCAUUUUUGGCAUUGCUGGAUUCAUUGCAUGAAGAAGGAAAGCUUACUUCAAUGUCUUUGUGGGUUGAGUUAUAUCCAUUGAUUUCAGCCGAUCUGAGAUUUUCUGCAAUGCUCGGUCAACCAGGAUCGACGCCACUAGAUUUAUUUAAAUAUUAUGUAGAAAAUCUCAAAGCCAGAUUCCACGACGAGAAGAAAAUCAUUAAAGAAAUUCUAAAAGAGUCCGAUUUUACGGUCAAGGCUGACACAACUUUCGAACAGUUUGCAACGGUUGUAUGCGAAGAUAAGCGGUCAGCAUCACUGGAUGCUGGAAAUGUUAAACUAACUUACAAUGCAAUGCUUGAGAAAGCUGAAGCAAUUCAAAAAGAACGUAUGCGCGAAGAAUCGAAACGAUUGCGCAAACUUGAGAAUGAACUGAAGCAAAAUUGGCUUGAUGCCGGUCUCACAUCUGAAUCCAGUUGGGAAACAGCGAAGAAAGUGGUUAUCAACACAGAAACAUAUGAUGCAUAUGAAAAAGAGGGAUCAGCUGAAAACCUAUGGGAAGAUUUUAUUCGCGAAAGUGAAGAUUUGUGCACACACCAUCAUUCAAAAUCGAAAAAGAAUAAGAAGAAUAAAAAACAUAAGAAACGCUCACGAUCGAGCUCGAAAUCGGGUUCUGAACAGUCGGACGUCGAAUAUGAAAAAGUAAAAAAAUCGAAACGAUCAAGGUCACGUUCCCGAUCCACCAGCACGAUAAGUUCAUCUAGUGAAAAACGAAAGAAGUCCAAAAAGAAGAAGCACCGCAAACACUCCCGAUCGGUAUCAUACGAGUCACCAAUGCAUGUGCAAUCGUCCGAUAAAUUUUCGCCGAUGCUUGAACCGCUAUCACCAACAACACCAGAAAAAAAGAAAAAGAAGAAGGAUAAAAAGAAAAAGGACAAAGAACGAAGGCGAUCAAUAAGCGGAACACCACCUCCAAUAUCUACAUCAAAUCGAGAUGAUUCACCGUCGACCAAAAACACUGACGAUCAAGCGCUUAGCGAAUCUGAAUUGGAAUCAAGACGAGCUGCCCUAUUGGCCCAGCUUAAUAUGCAAAUCGAUGAAUAGCAAAUCGCAUAAAAUUAUUUCUAUCAUUUGUAUAUGAUAUACUUGCGCAAAUUUUUAAUGUCAUAAUUCCAAUCAAUUUCCGUAUCGCUUACCAAAAUUAGUCAAAAUAAACAACAAAAAAAACCAUCAUGUAUAAGAAAAUAAUUCGGUUUUUUUUUCAAAUA